AUGACCAAGGUGCUGGUGAUCCAGGGCGCGGGGAUGAACAUGCGCGGGAAGGUGCAAGUCGAGAUCUUUGGCCCGAACACGCUGGACCAAAUGAACGAGCAGAUCCGCGGCUACGGCGAGAGCCUGGGUGUCGACGUCAAGAUCGUCCACUCCAACGUGGAAGGCGAGGUGGUGAACGCGCUGUACGACGCCUGGGAAGAGGGCUACGACGCCUGCCUGAUCAAUCCAGCGGGAUAUACCACGGUGAACGGGCCGCUGAGGGGCGCCAUACAGCAGGUGCCCAUGCCCGUGAUCGAAGUACACGCCAGUAACCCGACGGCUCGCGGCACCGUGUCAGCCGUGUUGCCGGUCAGCCAGGGAUGCGUCUACGGGUUCGGCGUGUACGGUUACUACCUGGCCAUGGAAGCGGUCAAACACACGGUUGACUAG